AGAGGCUGUGUCAUUGUUGGAGAGCUCAGAUAUGUGGACAUAUUGUGUACACACAGAGAGAGCUGGUGCAGCAGCAGCAGCAGCAGCAGCGGGAGGAGUCGCCAGAGGAGAGGCGAAUAAAACUCCACGCCCCUCUCUGCUGAGCAUCCAUUUACUGAGCAGCUGAUGUCUGCUGCUUCACUGGAUGCGUACAGACUCAGCAGCAACAGAAGAAAGAAAAAAACUGGGGCUCUGGUGGAUUUGGAUUACAGCACUCAGGAGGCAAAGUAUAUCAACCUUGCCACCGUGGAGAAGAAGAGGCACUUCUCAAGAGGGGUGGUUGCAUCAUUUUUGUCCACAUUGGAUAAACUUGGAGUACUUAUAACACAGACUGUGAAACUGUCUGAGGAGAAUCUGGAGCAUUUCAUAUACUCAGCUGAUUAACACCGAGGAGUGGCUGAAGAAAACUGCAGUCUUUCCACUUUAUCUAACUGGGAUUCUACAGGUUGCUCUCAACAUGACCACCAUGCAGAGGCUGCUGCUGCAGCUGCCGGUGAACGCACAGAACAUGGUGAAGACGGUGCAGAGUCAGGUCCAGGGCCAGAACCAGGAGGACGACAAGAGCCCCGUGCUGACCCCUGACAGUGCGCAGCAGGGCUGGUACAAUGCCCUGCAGCCUGACGAGCUGCGCCACCUCCGAUGUGGAGGUUCAGGAGGAGGAGGAGGAGGAGGAGGAGGUGGAGGUGGUGGAGACCACGAGGAACGAGCACCACUGGAGGAAGGUGGUGGCGGUGGCGGCAGUUUUCAAACUCAACCUUUGCGACACGACGACUUGAAGGAGAUGCUGGACAGCAACAAAGACUCCCUGAAGCUGGAGGCAAUGAAGCGGAUCGUGGCUAUGAUCGCCCGAGGUAAAAACGCAUCAGAUCUCUUCCCUGCUGUGGUGAAAAAUGUGGCCUGUAAAAACAUUGAGGUGAAGAAGCUGGUCUAUGUUUACUUGGUACGUUACGCCGAGGAGCAGCAGGAUCUCGCUCUGCUCUCCAUCUCCACCUUUCAGCGAGGGUUGAAGGAUCCGAACCAGCUGAUCAGAGCCAGCGCUCUGCGAGUCCUCUCCAGCAUCCGGGUCACGAUCAUCGUCCCCAUAAUGAUGUUGGCCAUCAAAGAAGCCGCCUCUGAUAUGUCUCCAUACGUCAGGAAGACGGCUGCUCAUGCAAUUCCUAAACUCUACAGUUUGGAUCCAGAACAGAAGGACCAGCUCAUUGAAGUCAUAGAGAAACUCCUCGCUGACAAAACCACGUUGGUGGCAGGAAGCGUUGUCAUGGCUUUUGAGGAGGUGUGUCCGGAGCGCAUUGACCUGAUCCACAAGAACUACAGGAAGUUGUGUAACCUCCUGAUCGACGUGGAGGAGUGGGGGCAGGUCGUCAUCAUCAACAUGCUCACCCGUUACGCCAGGACCCAGUUCCUCAACCCAAACAUGAAUGAGUCCCUGCUGGAGGAGGGAAACGACAAGACCUUCUACGGCUCAGAUGAUGAUGAUACCGAAGAGGAGGACGAGAAAGACAAGAAGGCAGAGGCUCCUUUGGCCAAGAGGAAGCCGUACGUGAUGGAUCCAGACCACCGGCUGCUGCUGAGGAACACCAAGCCGCUCCUGCAGAGCCGCAACGCAGCUGUGGUGAUGGCUGUGGCUCAGCUGUAUUUCCAUCUCGCCCCUAAAGUGGAGGUUGGGGUGAUCGCCAAGGCCCUGGUCCGUCUUCUGAGGAGCCACAGUGAAGUCCAGUAUGUCGUUCUUCAGAACGUGGCAACGAUGACGAUUAAGAGACGGGGGAUGUUUGAACCGUACCUGAAGAGUUUCUACAUCCGCUCUACAGACCCAACACAGAUUAAAGUCCUUAAGCUGGAGGUUCUCACUAAUCUGGCCAAUGAGACCAACAUUUCCACCAUUCUCAGAGAGUUUCAGACGUACAUUAAAAGCAUGGACAAAGACUUUGUGGCUGCCACGAUCCAAGCCAUCGGCCGCUGCGCUACUAACAUCGGCGAGGUGAGGGACACGUGUCUGAACGGCCUGGUGCAGCUGCUGUCCAACCGAGACGAGCUGGUCGUAGCUGAGUCGGUGGUGGUUAUUAAGAAGCUGCUGCAGAUGCAGCCGGAGAAGCACAGCGACAUCAUAAAGCACAUGGCGAAACUAACAGACAACAUCCAGGUGCCGAUGGCGCGGGCCAGCAUCCUGUGGCUGAUUGGAGAAUACUGUGAGCAUGUACCGAAGAUUGCCCCGGAUGUCCUGAGGAAGAUGGCCAAGUCGUUCACUAACGAAGAGGACAUUGUCAAGCUACAAAUCAUCAAUUUGGCCGCCAAGCUCUAUCUCACCAACUCCAAACAGACCAAACUGUUGACGCAGUAUGUUCUCAACUUGGCCAAGUACGACCAGAACUACGACAUACGUGAUCGGGCGCGCUUCAUCCGCCAGCUCAUCGUGCCCACCGAGAAGAGCGGAGCUCUCAGCAAGUACGCCAAGAAACUGUUCCUCGCCCUCAAACCUGCACCGAUCCUCGAGUCUCCAUUUAAAGAUCGAGACCACUUCCAGUUGGGUUCAUUGUCCCACUUGCUGAACGCCAAGGCCGGCGGCUACCAGGAGCUGCCUGACUGGCCCGAAGCCGCGCCAGACCCCUCCGUGCGCAACGUGGAGGUGAAGGAUUCUGUGCAGGAAGUCAUAACCACCGGCGAGGGGCGGAUCAGCUUGCUAGGAGAAUGGAGAGAGGUUUUUACGCUGCUUGAAAGAGUCACAACAUUAACGAGUGUGCCCGAAUGGACCAAAUGCAGCAGCCGAGAGAAGAGGAAGGAGAAGAAGGUGGACAAGCCGUUCUACUCCGACUCGGAGGGCGAGUCUGGGCCGACGGAGUCAGCUGACAGUGAGUCGGACUCUGCCAGCGGCUCGGAGAUCGGCAGCGGCAUGGCGGAGAGCGGGUCGGGAUCAGAGAGCGAAGAGAGCGAGGAAGGCUCUGAGUCCGAAGAGGAGGAGGAGGAAGAGGAGGAAAAGGACAAGAAGAAGAAAAAGAAAGAACUAAAGAAGCCUGUGCAAGAAAGCGAAAGCGAGCAGAGCAGUGAAGAAGAAGAGAGGAAACACGAGAGGAAGAGUAAACAACGUAAGAGCGACUCGGAGUCUGAAUCCGAUGAGGAGGACGAGAGCGAGUCUGAAAGCAGCCAAUCAGAGUCUGAAGACUCGGAGUCUGAGGCAGAAGUCAAAAAGAAAAAAAAGGCAACUGAAUCUAAACCUCCUGCUAAGCCGGUCAAGAAAGAGAGCAAGAAAGAGAAGAAAGAAAUGUCUCUGCUCGACUUCGAUGAUUUCGAACCGGCUCCCUCUCCUCAAGUCACGCCGGUCAACACCUUCAUGUCUAACAGCCUUGUGACCGACCUGGAGGGACUGUCUUUGUCUGACGCCGUUCUCUCUCCGGCAACCAUCUCUCCCUCCAGUUCCCUGAAGAGCUACGAGAUGCUGCACCGGAUCACGGGGGAGGGUCUGUCGGUGGGGUACUGCUUCAGCCGACAGCCGUUCAGCCCCGACGCCAACAUGGUGGCGGUGCAGAUGCAGUUCACCAACAGCGCCACCUCCGACACCAAGAGCCUGCACAUGGAGGACGUGAAGCUCCAGUCUGGGAUGAGGGUCAAAGUGUUUCCAGAGAUCGAGCUGCUGCCGGCAGGUGAGACGGCCACAGCUGUGAUGGGAAUCGAUUUCUGUGACUCAACACAAGCGGCGAACUUCCAGCUGUGCAAUCACACCAGGAAGUUCUUCGUGUCGAUUCAGCCGCCGGUCGGGGAGCUGAUGAGGCCCGUCUUCCUGACAGAGAACGAGUUUAAAAAGGAGCAAGGUCAGCUGAUGGGUAUGAACGAGAUCACGGAGAAGCUAACCCUGGACGUAAAGUGCCGGAACGAACACGCCAUCGUCCAGAGGGUGACCACCGCCGCCAACCUCAGCAGAGUCCCCUGUGGUUCAGAUAAAGAGUGCAGGUUCGCCGGCAGGACGGUGACCAGCGGCAGCCUGGUGUUGGUCACCGUGGGAACCAAAGAGGAUGGAGCCGCCCAGCUGACGAUCAACUGUGAGAAAAUGGUGAUCGGCACGAUGCUGGUGAAGGACAUCCUCCUGGCUCUGACGCAGUGACGUGUGACCUUUUUGCCCCUCUGCCCCCUCACGCCCCAACGCACCUCCUCUCACAUAUCGUCCACCACACGUGUAGCAUCUCCUCCGUUCUCCUGUUAGCCGCGUCGGCGAGGAAGUCUCCGGAACGUUUUAACUCCAGUUUGUGGUUUUUGUUAAAGAGCCCUCUAGUUUUAGAAAUCACUCCUAUAUUCACCGAAUGCCACAGCUGUACGUGAUGUUUACGACAAUCAGACAUGACCUGAUAUGAAAUCCCUCUCUUCCUUUUAAAGUCUCUCACAUGUCAUUAUCCAAAAAUACUUAUUUUGCAACGUAUUUUCCUUCCUUGAGGAGCCAAUAUUAGAAUAUCUGAUUCAACUCAAAAAAAAGAUUUGUGCAUCUUUUAAACGUUAAAUCUACUAAAAAUUAGAAGUCACUCCCAUCUGGUUACAUCUGAGUGUUUUGCUCACUGGAUGACAAAACACAAGGUCCACUUACUUAACGUUUUCUACGCUUUCAACCACAUCUUGUGGCCUUCCUCUCAGCAGAUGGAGUUACUCGCUUGUCAUGGACUAAGGCUGAAUGAAGGCAAGGCAAUUUAUUUGCAAUUCAAAGUACUUAGAGCUCGAAACAAGGAACUUUACUCUAGUGUUGAUUUUGGCGGUCCCUGUGGACAAAAGUGGGAGUGUUUCCGAGCACCAUAGUCCCUUUAGAAAACCUCUCAUUCUACUGCAGCAGGGUCUGAUGGUCUCCAACAGUGUGGCGUCGAUGUCGAAAAGGCGGCAGCGAAACCGGAUCUGGGUCUGUCCUCAGUGGGUUGAUUCCGGUCCGGUGGCGCCGAUGACAAACAUUAAGAAUAACUAUGUACAAAUCUUCUCGCUGAUGGUCUCAUUUACUUAUAUAGGUCAUAUAGAGGCAUCAGUAUUACAUUGAGACUGUUUCAUUUCCAGUUAAAUGUGCCUUGUAGUAACUUUAACAUGACUUAAAAAGGCAUUAAGAGAAAAUGAAAAUACGAUUGAGAAAAUAAAUAAAUAAAUAAAUAAAACGGGAGAAUCAAAGUUGCAGGAAACAUUAAUGAAUAGUCCACAGUUAAAUUAAAUAAAGAAGGCAGUAACAAACCAAUCAAGUUUUAAGCUUUGAAGUAAAAGACGUUUGGAGAGUUGGAGAUUUUUCUACAGUUUUCUGGGAGUUUUUUCCAGAUAAUGUGGAGCAUAAAAAUGAAUGAAUGCUGUUUAGAUUUGACUUUGGGAUCAGGAAGAACAUCCCCGUCUUGGAGGAUGAAGAGCAAAAAAGAGGCAAUCCACAACCCAAUGAUAAACCCCCAAAAUAUGAACACCUGUAAUGACGUGACCUUACCUACUUACAUGCUUAGCUCAUGUGAUAACAACUCCAUCUGCUGAGGAAGACCAUGGAAUGUGGUAGAAGGUUUUGCAAUGGGUUUUUUUUUCGUCAAAACAAAAGAAGGUCUUUCUCUAACCUUAUUCUGAAAAAAUUAAUUAAAAAAAACUAUCCAGUUUCACCCAUAAAAUGUACUUUAUUUUCUUUAGAAAUAAGGUGCCCAAGUUAAGUAAUUCUUAUUCUUUGAAAAGCGAAUGCACAAAUCUGUCACAUCAAUUGUAGCUUGUUAAGUUAUUAGCUAUCAGACUGAUUUAAGAUGUAAAUAAUAUAAGUGAUAGAUUAUACUGUAGGUAUAAAUUCCCCCAAAACACGUCACCACAAUGAAACUAUAAGAUUGGCAUAAUCAUCCAGUUAUUUGAAGUCAUACCUUGAAUGUAGCAUGAAGGCUCGACUGAGACAACAACUACCUAUAAAUAACUGAAUCAUUCCUCUUUGGCACAAUAAACUUUGUUAAUCAACAACUCAACUGCUCCUGGGAAUAAAGACGGAUCUUCAUCUCAAAUUCUGCGAUUUUAAGCGUCUGCCUCGCUGUCAUAGUGCACACGUUCAUUACAAUAAGUGGGGCAUUUAUAAAACCUGAAGAUGUAUAAAUGUUAUUGUAUGUAUUGCAACAUGUAAUACAGUGCUACUAUAAGUAAAGGUGUGAGUGUGUGUGGGUGUGAUGGCGCUGAAUAUUGACCUGGCAAACGUUAAACUAGCUGUUUUCCAAAAUGACUCAAAAUAACACUUGACUUGAAAUCUUCAAGAAACACAUCAUGAUAUUAUAACCCUGAAUAAUAAGUAGGAAAUUAUUAGGUUUUUUUCGACUGCUACAUGAUACAAAUCUUGAAAAAUAAAUUCAUAAAUUUACUUGAGAAAACGCUUUCUCACAAAUUUCUGAUGCACUGUAAAUGUUAUUUAUGGCAGAAUUGCAGAAACAUCUUUAAAAAAUACUGAAACAAAUUUAAACGUAGGUCACCAAAUUCUCAGGCUUAACUGAUUUUAAUUAUUGAAUAAUCUCCAAAUUAUUUCCUUGAUACAUUGAUUCAUCGUUGGCCCAUAAAAUGUGAGAAAAUAUCAGCUUCCAUCAGGUCUUGUUUCAUAUAAAACCCCAAAACUUUCAGUUUAAUACUAUAUAAAAUUAAGAAAAUGUAUUCAAAUUAAAACCAGCAAAUAUUUACAUUUAAGAAGCUGGAACCAGAGAUUUUUUUUGUUUUAUUUUUUGCAUUUGGGCUUCAAAGAUUGAAAUCGAUCAUCAAAAUAGCUGCCGAUUAAUUUUCUGUCGAUCGUUUAAUGUUUUACCAAAUUCACAAUUGAAACUUUGGACUUAACACAACCUUUUAAUGGAUUUUUUUAAUGAAUAGUUCAACAUUUUGGGAAAUAUUUGCUUUAUUGUUGAGUUAGAUAAAGAAGCUCGACAUCACUCUCAUGUUUGUCCCGUUAGCUGACGUCAGGAGACGAGCUCAGUUUAGGACAGCUAGCUCUUUCCAAAAGUAACAAGAUAGUACUAUUUGUUGUUUUUUUACUUUUGGGUUUUUGUGUGGAUUAAACAAACAAGAUAUAAAGUGUUGAUUAGUGAGCUUUAGAAGUGUUUGUAGGCAGAUUUUAUUACUUUUGGAUAGAGAAAGACUAGCUGUUUUCCCUGUUUCCAGUGUUUAUGUCAAGCUAACGGGCUGCUAACUACAUAUUUAGCCUAACAUACAGACAUAAGAGUGGUUUUAUCUAACUUAAUAUUCAUUUAGGAUUAAACUGUAGCCUUCCCUGCUAAAAAUGUACUGUAAACAUAGCUUACAUUUACUAUAUUUAACAAACUUUCACUAAAAUCUGAUUUGACUAUGUCAGGCUAAAGGUGAGCAUUUAGUUCAUGAGAAUAAAUUAUAAUACCUAUAGAUAAUAAUUUAAAUAGUGCUCAUGAUAACUCUUUCAAGUUGAGUGUUACCUUGAUGUCAUUUGUCAGGCGAGAUUGUUUUCAUGCCUUUUGUUUUGAUUUCAGGUCAGAGGUCAUGAUGUGGCUUCUCUUUUGUUACGGACCCUCAUGUGUCCAGCAGCUGCACGUUUUCUUAUCUUUAACAAACUAUCUGUGUAUUUAUUUAUUUAUUGUUUUCUUUACUGUUGGAAUAUGUGUUUUACCAAAGGAGUACAUUACAGUCAAACUUCAGCCCUCGUCGUAGAAAACUGAGCGGCAAGCAGCAGUUUUAUUUUGGCCUUUUUUUUUGUACCUGUUGCAUUGUUUACCGUUUAAACCAGUCAGACCUGAAAUAUCCAGUCACACUGCAUCACAGUCAUGAUGAAGAAUGUAAAGAGUAAGAAAUUCUACUUUUAAUGUAAAAACCCACUGAAAGAGAGAGACUGCUUUCACAGAAACAGGUGGAUAAAAUUAUUUGUCUGGCAAACUGCAUCGGCUUUCAAAUAUCCAAAGUAUGUUUUAUUCAUACUCGUGUGUGUGGUUGUGAAAUGUGGUCCUGAAGUAUUACAAGUUUAUUUAUUAUACAAAUAAAAAAUACAGAUACAUUCUCA